AUGGAAGAGCAGGACCAGGAAGGACCUGGACCUGGCAAGAGAGCAAGGAAAAGUCCCCAGCCCAUCCAAGCUGGGAGUGGCAUUGAAUCCUGGGAGAGAGCUGUGCCAGAGAUCUGGGAUCAGGAGCCCUUGAACUCAGAAGUAUUUUGCCAACGUUUCCGGCAGUUCCGCUUCUAUGAGGCCGAUGGGCCCCGAGAGGUUUGCAGCCAGCUCCUUGGACUUUGCAACCACUGGCUGAAGCCGGAGAGACACACCAAGAAGCAGAUUCUGGACCUGGUGAUCCUGGAGCAGUUCUUGACCCUCCUGCCCCAGGAAAUGCAGCACUGGGUUAGAGGAUGCGGGCCGGAGACCAGUUCCCAAGCGGUGGCCCUGGCCGAAGGCUUCCUCCUGAGUCAGGCAGAGGAGAAGAGGCAGGCUGAAAAGAUGUGGGGUCCAUCCGUGAAGAUGGAAGCUAAGUUCUGUGAGAUGGAAAGGGCUCUGUCAGAGGAAGGGCAGCAAGCCCGGGCCCAGGAGUGUGCCCGAGAUGCCAUCACAUGCGGCAGUGAAGAGACAGUGUUGAUCCAUUCUCUUUGCAGAGGUGUGGAGACAGCUGCUGCUCCUCCAGUGCAGUCUCCGGUUUCCUUUGAGGAGGUGGCCGUGUAUUUUACUGAGGCAGAGUGGGCCCUGCUGGAUCCGAACCAAAGAGAUCUCUACGAGGAAGUCAUGCUUGAGAACUACAGGAGUGUGGCCUCUGCGGCAGGGAAUGAUCAGUGGAAUGAGGGUGAUGAGGAAGUGCAUCAGCUAUUGACAGAUAAAGUGAAGUAUGAAUAUUUGAAAGGAAACUUCAAGAAUCAAGGCAGACAAAAGAGGCAGAAGGGAAGUCACAUCGUCGAGAAGAGGGAUAAACCCAUUCCUGGCCAAGAGCAGGAUUUCCAUGAACUAAUCCACAAGGUGGAGGUGGCAUGCAAGUGUUUGGAGUGCAGAAUGAACUUCUCAAAUCAAGCCCAAUACAAGAUCCAUUUGCAAAUGCAUAGUGGAAAGAAGACUCAACAAUGCUUGGAGUGUUGCAAGAGCUUCCUUCACAGUGCAGAGCUCCUUAGACAUCAAAGAACACAUAAACCUUAUAGCUGCUCAGACUGUAGCAAGAGCUUCUCACAGAAAUUAGACCUAUUUCAACACCAAAGAACUCAUUCAGGAGAGAAGCCAUUAAUCUGCAUGAAAAAUGAAAGAGUGUACUCUUGUGGAAGAAAGGGAAAUGCAUUUUUCCAAAAGCCUAGAGUGAUGGGGGCACAUAAAUGCUUUCCUUGUGGAAAGUACUUCAGAUGCAGAUCACACCUUGUGCACCAAAGAGUACACACAAGAGAGAAACCGUUUGAAUGCUCAGAGUGUGGAAAGAGAUUCAAAUGCAGUGGCAAUCUUCAAAAGCAUUUAAGAACCCACACAGGGGAGAAACCUUUUGAAUGCUCAGUGUGUGGAAAGAGAUUCAUACGAAGUGGCGAUCUUCAAAAGCAUUUAAGAACCCACACAGGGGAGAAACCUUUUGAAUGCUCAGAGUGUGGAAAGAGAUUCAACAGCAGUGACCAUCUUCAAAAACAUUUAAGAACCCACACAGGGGAGAAACCUUUUGAAUGCUCAGAGUGUCAAAAGAGGUUUAAUCGCAGUGGCAAUCUUCAAAGGCAUCUAAGAACCCACACAGGGGAGAAACCUUUUGAAUGCUCAGAGUGUGGGAAAAGAUGCAGACUCAGUGCCGAUCUUCAAAGUCAUCUAAGAACCCACACAGGGGAAAAACCUUUUGAAUGCUCAGAGUGUGGAAAGAGAUUCAGACGCAGUGGCGAUCUUCAAAGUCAUGUAAGAACCCACACAGGGGAGAAACCUUUUGAAUGCUCAGAGUGUGGAAAUAAAUUUAAUCAGAGGUGCAGUCUUAAACAGCAUCAAAGAAUCCACACUGGGAUGAAACCUUUUGAAUGCUCAGAGUGUGGAAAGAGAUUCAGUCAGAAUGGCACUCUUAAAGAGCAUCAAAGAACACACACAGGGGAGCAACCUUUUGAAUGCUCAGAGUGUGGUAAGAGAUUCACAUGCAGUAGCAAUCUUCAAACGCAUUUAAGAACCCACACAGGGGAGAAACCUUUUGAAUGCUCAGAGUGUAAAAAGAGAUUCAGACGCAGUGGCGAUCUUCAAAGUCAUCUAAGAACCCACACAGGAGAGAAACCUUUUGAAUGCUCAGAGUGUGGAAAGAGAUUCAGUUACAUUGGCAGUCUUCAAACACAUAAAAGAACCCACAGAGGGGAGAAACCCUUUGAAUGCUCAGAGUGUGGAAAGAAAUUCAGUCAUAGUAGUGCUUUUCAAAGGCACCAAAGGACCCACACAGGGGAA